UAUGCAGCUAUACCGUACACAAACGCUGCCACGAAUUCGUGUCAUUUACUUGCCCUGGAGCUGACAAAGGAGCCGACUCCGAUGAUUCCAGGACGAAACACAGGUUCAAAGUUCACACGUAUUCUAGUCCGACGUUCUGUGAUCAUUGUGGGUCUUUGCUUUAUGGAGUCAUACAUCAAGGAAUGCAAUGCGAAGCAUGCGACAUGAACGUUCACAAAAGAUGCGAGGAAAGCGUUCCAAAUUUAUGCGGUUGCGAUCACACAGAAAGGCGAGGCCGAAUCGAACUUAAAAUCGAUUGCGUGGGAAAUAAAUUGACAGUCGAGGUCAAACAGGGUAAAAAUUUAAUUCCAAUGGAUCCAAACGGGUUAUCGGAUCCUUACGUCAAAUUGAAAUUGAUUCCCGAUUCGGACAACAUAAAGAGAAAAACGAAAACCAUAAAAGCGUGCCUGAAUCCCGUUUGGAACGAAACCAUCGUUUUUGAUCUUAAAGCAGAAGACAAAGAUCGAAGAUUGUUGAUCGAAGUAUGGGAUUGGGACAGAACGUCGAGAAACGAUUUUAUGGGUUCUCUCUCGUUUGGAAUAUCGGAAUUGAUAAAAGAACCUGUAGACGGAUGGUACAAAUUGCUUACGCAAGAAGAAGGAGAAUUUUACAAUGUUCCGGUUCCGGCGGAAGGAGUUGAUUUAGCUCAACUCAAACCUAAUUUGAGAUCUUCGCUGUCAAAAAGGGCUCCAGUCGUAUCGGACAAAGAUGUUCCCCAUAAUAUGGGUAAAAAGGAUGUUAUCAGAGCUUCCGAUUUUAAUUUUUUAAUGGUUUUGGGAAAAGGCAGUUUCGGAAAGGUCAUGCUGGCGGAAAGAAAAGGUACGGACGAACUUUACGCCAUUAAAAUACUCAAAAAAGACAUAAUAAUACAAGAUGACGAUGUUGAAUGCACGAUGGUUGAGAAAAGAGUUUUAGCACUUUCACAAAAGCCACCGUUUCUCGUUCAAUUGCAUUCGUGUUUUCAAACAAUGGAUCGAUUGUAUUUCGUAAUGGAAUACGUGAACGGAGGAGAUCUCAUGUUUCAAAUACAACAGUGUGGAAAAUUCAAAGAACCCGUCGCGGUUUUUUAUUCCGCCGAAAUCGCCAUCGGUUUGUUUUACCUUCACUGUCGCGGAAUCGUUUACAGGGAUCUUAAAUUGGAUAACGUUCUGCUGGAUCAGGACGGACAUAUCAAAAUUGCGGAUUUCGGUAUGUGUAAAGAGGGGAUAACGGGAGAUAAAACGACGAAAACAUUUUGCGGGACUCCGGAUUACAUAGCGCCCGAAAUCAUACUGUAUCAACCCUACGGUAAAUCCGUCGAUUGGUGGGCAUACGGUGUCCUCCUCUACGAAAUGCUCGUGGGUCAACCGCCCUUCGACGGAGAAGACGAAGAAGAAUUAUUUGCCGCGAUAACGGAACACAACGUAUCAUAUCCAAAAAGUUUAUCGAAAGAAGCAAAGGAAGCUUGCAAAGGAUUUUUGACAAAGAAUCCUGGUAAGAGAUUGGGAUGCGGUGAUAGCGGAGAAGAAGAUGUCAGAGGUCAUGCUUUUUUCAGAAGAAUAGAUUGGGAAAGAAUUGAAAAUAGAGAAGUUCAACCACCUUUCAAACCUAAAAUAAAACAUCGAAAAGAUGUCAGCAAUUUCGAUAAGCAAUUCACAUCGGAAAAAACGGAUUUGACACCGACGGACAAAUUAUUCAUGAUGAAUUUGGACCAAACGGAAUUUUUGGGAUUUUCUUUUCUCAAUCCCGAAUUCGUUCAACACGUUUAA